UUAACUAUCCUUGCAUUGGGUGUCAAUAAACUUUCUGGUAAGAUACCUUCAUCGAUCUACAACCUUUCAUCAUUAACUGUACUCCCCCUAACAGAAAACCAACUCUCCGGUAGCAUCCCAUCUGAACUUGGCUCUUUGUUUCCCCAGCUUCAACAUCUAGGGCUCUCUUAUAAUAAUCUCGUAGGACCCCUACCUGUAUCACUGCCCAACUUUUCAAAUAUAGAAUUUCUUGAACUGAGACAUAACCAUUUUAGUGGGAAAAUAUCAACUGAUCUCAAACUCCUGCCUCGCCUCAAUUUUUUAGUCUUAGGUGACAAUAAUUUGGGGACUGGAGAACCCGACGAAAUGGAUUUUAUUCCAUCUUUGAUCAACUGCACAAAUUUGCUACAAUUGGGCGUUGAAAACAACCAACUAAAAGGAUCAUUGCCAAAAAGCAUCGGGAACCUCUCAGCCACAAUAUCUGCCUUAGGCUUUAACCUAAACCAUAUAUAUGGCGAGAUCCCUUCCGAAAUAAGCCAUCUAGCAGGCCUAACUAUGCUAGACCUGGCUAAGAAUGAAUUCCAUGGUAGAAUUCCCUACAGUAUUGGCAAUCUUCAAAACCUACAGAAACUGUCUCUUGAUUCCAACUGGCUAGAAGGAGAUGUUCCCAAUACAAUAGGAAACCUCUCAUCCUUGAUCCAUUUUUACUUGGGAGAGAACAGAUUGCAAGGAAAAGUUCCUGUGACCAUCGGAAACUGCCAACGAUUGUUAGUGCUAGAUCUUUCUUUCAAUAACCUGACAGGAGCCAUUCCCAGAGAACUCUUUGGCAUUUUAGCUCUUUCAAUUUCACUCAACUUAGCAGGGAACCAUUUCUCUGGGCCCUUACCCUUAGAAGUUGGCAAUCUAAAAAAUUUGGCAGAACUGGAUGUAUCUCAAAAUGACUUCUCCGGUGAGCUUCCAACCACGCUUGGUAGUUGCAAUAGUCUUGUGGCCCUUUUCCUACAAGGAAACUCCUUUAGAGGAUGUGUACCUUCGUCCUUACAGUCCCUUAGAGGUCUUUCAAAUUUGGAUCUUUCUCAGAACAACUUGUCUGGUAAAAUCCCGAAGUACCUGGCGAAAUUCUCUUUGAACAAUCUAAAUUUAUCUUUCAACGAUUUUGAGGGUGAAGUUCCAAUCGAAGGAGUUUUCUCAAAUGCAACUGCGAUAUUAGUCUUGGGAAAUCCCAGACUUUGUGGAGGCGUACCUGAAUUACACCUACCAACAUGCACCAUGAAACAAUCAAAGAAACAUCGAACGUCUCUUAGAAUCAUCUUGCUGGUCUCUAUCCUAUCUGUGGCGAUUGUAGCUGUUGUGGUAUCAGAGACAAUAUUUUGUUGCUCUAAGAAGAAAAACAAAGAUUUAACUUUUGAUUCGUCGUCGAUGAACGCAUUCGAUAGAAUAUCAUACAAUCGCCUCCUCAAAGCGACUGAAGGCUUCUCUUCAACGUAUUUGAUUGGAACGGGUAGUUCUGGAUCUGUAUACAAAGCAAUACUGGGGGAAACAACUAUAGCAGUCAAGGUGCUUAACCUUCAACGUCAAGGAGUGUCUAGGAGUUUCACGGCCGAGUGUGAAGCCUUGGGAAGAAUCCGACACAGAAAUCUAAUCAAGAUUUUGACUUUUUGCUCAAGUGUUGAUUUUCAAGGCAACGACUUCAAAGCUAUAGUUUAUGAGUUCAUGCCCCGGGGUAGUUUGGAGAGGUGGUUGCAUCCAAACCCAGAAAUAGAAAACCAGCAAGACAAUCAAGCCGUGGGACUUAAUCUUCUACAAAGAAUAAACAUAGCCAUUGAUGUGGCUUCUGCACUAGAUUAUCUGCAUCGCCACUGCCACACACCAAUUAUUCAUUGUGACCUGAAGCCAAGCAACAUUCUUCUUGACGCAGACAUGGUUGCCCAUGUUGGAGAUUUUGGGUUGGCCAGGUUAAUGUUAGAAAUGAAUCCAAAUCAAAGCAGUUCAGUGGGCGUGAAAGGAACCAUUGGCUAUGCAGCUCCAGAAUAUGGGCUUGGAAGUGAGGUCUCAAGAGAUGGGGAUGUCUACAGCUUUGGAAUCUUGCUAUUGGAGAUGAUGACAUGUAAGAGGCCAACCGAAUCGAUGUUUGAGGCAGGUCUCAAUCUCCACACCUUCGCCAAGAUGGCCAUACCCGACCAUGUGAUGGACAUUGUGGAUCCAAAACUUGAGUGCAAUGAUGAAGAAGAAGUGAUUGCCUUGACUAGCAACCAGAGGAGGCAGGCAACCACCCGCUCAGGAAAUGGUUGCAACAAAAAUGAUUGUUUGAUUCGUAUGAUCAAGAUUGGAGUAGCAUGUUCCAUGGAGUCACCUCAAGAUAGGUUAGACGUAAGCAAUGUUGUUCGUGAAUUGAAUAUAACCAGGGACAUUUUCCAAGAGCGCCGAAAAAAGCCAUAAUCCUUAGGGGUGACCUCCAACACAUUUUCCACCAACCCUUCAUUCCGGCUUUUUGUUUUGGCUCAGGAAUUCUUGGCCGUGCAACCACUUCUGUUACGUGCAUUAUGUUGCA